ACGAUGACAUUCGUCACGUAUUUUGUAUUAGCUCUAGUAUUGAGUGCCAGUGAAAAUGAAGGAUCUAGGAUAUUGGCAGUAUUUCCAACUCCAUCCAUAAGUCACCAAGUAGUAUUUAGGCCUUUAGUUCAAGAAUUAGUGAAAAGGGGACAUGAAGUGACAGUUGUAACUACAGACCCAGCAUUUGCUAAGGGCGAAGCACCAGCCAACUUGACAGAAGUGGAUGUGCAUGAUAUGUCUUAUAAACUAUGGAGAGAACACUUCUUGGCGACGUCUACAGGGAAUAAGAACGAUUUGAGGACACAAAUGAGAGUUGGUUUCGAGCUUUUCACGAAAAUAUUUGGAUCUCAAAUGGAAACUAAAGAAGUGCAAGACAUUAUCAAGCAUGGAAAGUUUGAUCUGCUAAUGGUAGAGGCUUUAGUAAGACCGGCGAUAUCUUUGUCGCACAUUUUCAAAGUCCCAGUAAUUCAAGUGAGUUCUUUCGGUGCAACGUAUUGGAACUGGGACGUAGUAGGAGCACCAGUCCAUCCAUUUCUGUAUCCUUCGAUGUUCCGCCAAAGAAUCAUGAACCUUACCAUUUGGGAGAAAAUGUCUGAACUGUAUAACCAUUAUACUUUCAAGAAUUUGGCUCACUCGGUUGAAGAGCGAGAGAAUCAGAUGAUCAGAAGGAUUUUUGGAGAAGAUAUGCCAAGUCUUACAGAGUUAAGUAAUAAUGUGGAUAUGCUGUUUGUGAAUAUGCAUCCGAUUUGGGAGGGCAAUCGCCCGGUUCCUCCAAGUGUCCUUUUCAUGGGAGGACUUCACCAGAAACCUGUGAAGGAACUUCCAAAGGAACUCAAAUCGUAUCUAGAUGCUUCAAGUAAAGGCGUAAUUUACAUUAGUUUUGGAACUAACGUAAACCCGUCCCAGCUACCCCCGGAGAAGAUCCAGAUCUUGGCUAAAGUGUUUUCCGAACUUCCAUACAAUAUACUGUGGAAGUGGGACAAAGAUGUGUUGCCGGGACAGAGCGGGAACAUAAGGAUAUCUAAGUGGCUGCCGCAGUCGGAUCUUUUGCGCCAUCCAAACAUAAAGCUGUUCAUCACGCAAGGAGGUCUGCAGUCCACUGAUGAGGCCAUCACUGCUGGUGUGCCUCUCAUUGGUAUGCCAAUGUUAGGUGACCAGUGGUUUAACGUGGAGAAGUACGUCUACCACAAGAUCGGCUUGAGGGUAGACAUGGAAACGUUGACAGAAGAACGGUUUAAGGAAGCAGUGGAGAAGAUCAUCGGGGAUGAAAGCUACCGUCAAAAUAUCAAACGUCUCGGUGUCCUUAUGAGAGACCAGCCUCAACCACCGCUACAACGAGCAGUGUGGUGGACAGAGCACGUGAUCCGCCACUCAGGCGCACGUCACCUCCGCGCACCUUCAGCUAACAUGUCCUGGUACGAGUACUUGGAAAUGGACGUUGUACUUACUUUAGUAACCAUUCUUGUUGCUGGUAUUAGUUUGAUUGUAGUGAUAUUGAAGUUUGUGGCGAAGAACUUUAUGGUCGAUGUGAAAGUGAAAUCUAGUUAAUUAUUUAUUUGUGUGUGGUGUGUUGUGUUUUAAUUUAUUUUUGUGUGUUAAAUAAAAUGUUUCAACAAAGUCUA